UAAAAUCCUCCGAUCAGAAACGCAAAAAUUGGACGAUUCUGAAGAGAAGGGAGAAAAAUGCACCUAGUUAAAAUCAAUUUCUCUUUCUCCAGAAAAUACCAGUAUGAAAAGACGAGAAAACAAAACCAAAGCAUACAAACUGCUGUCAAAUAAUUCAACGUUGUGUGACGAUCACUGUGCCUCGCGUAAAAUCCUCCGAUCAGAAACGCAAAAAUUGGACGAUUCUGAAGAGAAGGGAGAAAAAUGCACCUAGUUAAAAUCAAUUUCUCUUUCUCCAGAAAAUACCAGUAUGAAAAGACGAGAAAACAAAACCAAAGCAUACAAACUGCUGUCAAAUAAUUCAACGUUGUGUGACGAUCACUGUGCCUCGCGUAAAAUCCUCCGAUCAGAAACGCAAAAAUUGGACGAUUCUGAAGAGAAGGGAGAAAAAUGCACCUAGUUAAAAUCAAUUUCUCUUUCUCCAGAAAAUACCAGUAUGAAAAGACGAGAAAACAAAACCAAAGCAUACAAACUGCUGUCAAAUAAUUCAACGUUGUGUGACGAUCACUGUGCCUCGCGUAAAAUCCUCCGAUCAGAAACGCAAAAAUUGGACGAUUCUGAAGAGAAGGGAGAAGAAUGCACCUUGUUAAAAUCAAUUUCUCUUUCUCCAGAAAAUACCAGUAUGAAAAGACGAGAAAACAAAACAAAAGCGUAGAAACUGACAUGAAAUAAUCGAACGCUUGCCCGACAAUCACUAUUCCAAAUUUCUCACCUAUAGUCCUCCGAUCAUGCACGCAGAAGCUGUACAAUUCGCAUGAUCGAUAAAAUGGUCCAUCCAUUCCCGUACUCGCAUCCACGAGGAGCAGAAGCGUCCCAUGGCCCGUGACAGCGACGCGAUGGCGACCGGUUUGGGGCGGUCUCACCCCCUGUUUCUCGCGAUACCAUUGGAGAACCAAGGGGAUGCUGCACGAGAGAGACGAAUGAACAGAGACCGAACGAUGAACAACGAAGGGAUGUUUUCAGGGGCGUGGUUUCAGCAACAUCGAGAUGAUCCUUGAAAUUGUUCCUCGGGGUGCAUCCUGUCCACGCGACAGCCAGAAAUCUUAUCAGAGACAUCGUCUAUCUCGUCGAGUAAUCGUGUUUGACUGAUUCACAGGGUGAAAGGUAUUUUUGUGCUUGGAUGCUUUUAUGAGAAAAAAAGUUUGAAAGAUAUAAAGCAUCGAAUACAGUGGCGUGAUAUGUUUUUGAAGUAUGUAAAGAAAUUGAUAAUCUGUGAGUGACGGUGGUCAGUUGAAGUCUCAAGUAAUACAGGUAGGGAAAACAGUAAUUUUUCUACGUUAAUUAUCGGCGAAGGAAAAAUGAAUUAUUUAAAAAAAUUGGAAGACUUAUCGAAGACGGGAAUAGAAACUGUGCAGUGAUCGUUUGGUUUAAAGCAUGAAAAUGGAUGCUUCACUGGCAAUAUCCGUUCUCAAUAAUUCGAGCCUUUAUCCGCGAAGAAAUUGAAUGUUAAUUUAUUAAGGAGAAGGAAGAGGAAAGGAAAAUUAUCUUUCUUCUGGCAAAUUCCUAUUGAUCGAAGGCAAAAUGGCGAAUGGCGGUCACGGUGUGGUUGUAAACGGGGUUGGUGCACCUGGUGCUGGCACCCUUUCGAGGGAAGAAAGGCGUCGACGCAGAAGAGCAACGCAAAAAUAUCGAACUGCACACGCCACGAGGGAAAGGGUUCGAGUAGAAGCUUUCAAUUUAGCCUUCGCAGAGCUUAGGAAGCUUCUGCCAACUUUGCCACCGGACAAGAAACUCUCGAAGAUCGAGAUCCUACGACUGGCCAUCUGCUAUAUCGCCUACUUGAAUCACGUCCUCGAGGCUUGAAUCGACCAGGAGUCACUCUAUUUUUGCAAAAACCUAAUCCUGUGUCAUCCGGCAUGACACUUCGAUCACGGCAGAAGAAAGUAUAAACCUUGCCAGUUUUAAUAUUUUAUUAAUAUACAUAUACGUAACUCGAUCUUUUGUAGAUAAUCGAAUUGAUAGGAACUUGUAAUAAUUAACCUUAUUAAUGCGAUAUUUAUGCUGCAAAUGUAUAUUAAAUUAAUACGAAUCGCUUUAUCGCUCUUCUUAAAUACCAUGAAAAGAUUGCGAUUAAGGAACACUCUCAUAGAAACUGUGUUUAUCCUAAAAUAUUUUAUACGUUUCGAAUAUUCCAAUCUCAUUUCUUAAUUUCCCAGGUAAAAUAAAAAUAACCAGACAUUUCUGUUAAUAAGACUUUGCUAAAUGAUAUUAAUAUUUUGUUGACUGGCUGUUUUAUAGAAAAUCUAACAACUUAAUUUUAUGCAUGAAAACACGACGAGUUUACUCGUGACUGAUCAACAAUGCGUUAAAAGGCGAUCAUCUCGUUUAUAGAACUAAUUUCUUGUAAAGAAGAACCUGUUCCAUGAUAAUUCCUAUCAUUGUCAUUGUACUUCAAUCGUUUCAAGCGUCGCAUACUCGAAGGAUAUUCAAGUGCAACUAUUCGAAAUUGCCCGGAAGAAUGCCCGAAACUCUUAAAUCAAUCUCGUUUCGUGAAUUAACCCGAUUCCCGAGGGAUCUUCACGCCCCACGAGUCCACGUAUCCUAAAUUCUCCGUUCUGUUCGUAUAGUCGUACAAUCGAACUCACCGAACCUCCCUAUUUACCGACCAUCAUCGAACGAAACAGACUUUUCCACUGUAACGCAACGAGACGAGCUGUAACUUCACGGCUCGUCGAUUUCACUUCUCGUUUCUAUCUUUUUUUUUUUCUGCAAUCUAUUUCCACGAGAUUCGACGUGAGAAUAAUAGAAGUGGAAUUUUUAUGGAGUUUAGCUUGGUCAAAGUGCAUUAUGAUAAUGAAUAGCACUCGAUUUUCUUUGCAAGGGAAGGACCUCUCACAAGGUACAAUCUUAACUUUCUGUUUUCGUAUAUUAGUAUAUUAUUAUAUUAGUAUAUCCUUGGUUACUGUGUUGAUCGUUAAGAGAAUAAUUAAAUAAGAAUAAUAAGUAAUCAGGUGAGGCAACGAAGGUGAUAAAAUAAAACGACCGUAAAAAGACGUUGAACCUCAGAGUUUGAUACGAACACGUAUCGAUUUUCUCGUGAGGAAUGAGAUAAAAAUAAGAAAUAUCCCAUUAUCCAUUGUGGUUGUCUUUUACUUGUGUUAGUCUUAAACAAAGCUCCACACAUUUCAUUUUUACUUUCUUACGAGUCUCAUGUGAAAAAGUUUCUUUAACUCGGCGCUUUCGCCACGGCAUCCUCGGAACUGAGAACGUUUUUGAUACACAAGUUGAAACAAUUUCUGUUAGUAAGAAAAAAAUAUACGCGUAAGUAUUCCAGUACUUCAUACAGAU